AUGGUCACCUUCGGCGCCUGGUGGGCCCUUUUCAUCGCCUUCGGCUGGACUAACUCCGUCGGUGUAUUCCAGAACUACUACGAAAAAGAUUUAUUGAACUCUUACUCAGCCUCCACGAUUGCUUGGAUCUCGUCCACUCAGCUCUUCAUGAUGUACGGUGCCGGAAUUGUUUUCGGCAAGGUGUUCGACCACUAUGGACCCCGGCGGCUGCUAUAUAUCGGAGGCUUCGCGCACGUGAUUGGCUUAAUGAUGGCCUCUAUCUCCAAGGAGUACUAUCAAAUCUUCCUAUCGCAGGCCAUUUGCAGUGCCAUUGGCGCAAAGCGCGCAACUGCUUUUGGUAUUGCUGCCUCUGGUGCCUCUAUUGGUGGUAUCAUCUUCCCUUUUAUGGUUGAUCGUCUCAUAAACCGGUCCGGCUUUGGCUGGACUAUGCGCGCUGUUGCCUUCAUCAUUCUUGGGGGUGUUAUUAUAGUCGUCUUCACUGUGAAGUCGCAACUGACGCACGUUCCAAAGCCGAUUCAUGUUCGACAAUACACUGCCCCAUUUAAGAAGAUACCUUUUCUGCUUCUGGUCAUUUCGCUGUCGCUUUUCUCGUCUGGCUUGUUUUUGCCUUUCAACUUCAUCACUUCUCAGGCACAGACCGUAGGAAUGUCCCCACUUUGGCAAAUUAUCUUUGUCUUCGGCCGUAUCAUUCCCGGUCUGAUCGCAGACCGUGUUGGGCGCUUCAACGUCAUGUCUGUUGCAACUCUGGCUUCAGGCAUCCUCACCUUCGCACUAUGGCUUCCUGGUCGCAGCAACCUGUCCCCCAUACAGGAGAUUGGAAUUCGCACCGGGAUCCUGUACUUUUUCGUGUCGAUUGCUGUGCUUACUGGAAGUCCAAUUGCUGGGGCAUUCGUUUCUUUGGAUAAGGGUAAUUAUGGAAAUCUAGAGAUAUUCGCGGGUGCAACCAUGUGUGCUGGUGCUGUUUUAGUCGUCUUGACGCGUGUCAUGACGGCAGGAUUUAAGUGGACGGUGUUGUAA